UAUUAUUCAGGUUCAGCUUAUAAAUAGGUUACACAGGCACUGCGAAAUGUAUCAGCAAAUUAACUAGUUUCUAUAUCUCUCUUACUUUCUAUCACAUCUAAGCAAAGCCAUUACCUGGCUGCAGAAGAAAGUGAUAACUAUGGCAAAGCAGACAUCUGAUCUGGCCAUUGAAGAACUGAAGAAGCUUCUCAGAGAGAAGGAGGAACUUAAUGAGGUAGUAACCGCAAAAAUUGAGGAGCUUAUAGCUGAGUUGAAGGGAAAUCAUCCGCAUCCAUUUGACCCUGCUGUGGAGAAAAUCAUAGAAGGAUUUACUGACUUCAAGAUCAACGAAUUCGACAAGCACCCGGAUCUGUAUGCCGAACUUGCUCUUGACCAAAAACCUAAGUUUCUGGUAUUUGCUUGCUCUGACUCUAGAGUGAGUCCCACUUUUAUUCUCAACUUCCAACCGGGAGAAGCUUUCAUGGUCCGCAACAUUGCUAACAUGGUCCCUCCAUUUAAUCAGCUAAGGUACAGUGGAGUUGGUGCUGCCAUUGAGUAUGCUAUCACGGCUCUUGAGGUGUCAAACAUCCUGGUCAUUGGACAUAGUCGCUGCGGUGGAAUAAAAAGGCUUAUGAAGCAUCCAGAGGAUGGUUCUGCUCCUUUUGAUUUCAUAGAUGAUUGGGUGAAAAUUGGUUUACCUGCCAAAAUAAAGGUCCUAAAAGAAUAUGAAGACUAUGAUUCUGAAGAACAAUGCAAAUUCUGUGAAAAGGAGUCAGUGAAUAACUCGUUAGUGAACCUGCGGACAUAUCCAUAUGUUGAAAAAGAAACGAGGAACAAUAACUUAAGGCUGUCGGGGGGUUACUAUGAUUUUGUGGAGGGAGAAUUCAAACUCUGGAAGUACAAGUCUGAAUUCACUGAACCGAUUACCAUCCCUCUCUCAACCAAUGAGUUGACUCUCUAAAGUCUCAAUGGAAGACUCAAGCUUGGCACCACUACCUGUCUAUCAUUAAGUUGCAAGUUCUGCUUUACUCUCUGUGCUUUUAUAUCCUAAAUAAAUAAAUCUACCUUCGAGAUUCCAAAAAUAA